AUGGAGGAAGCUGCUGCACCCGGUCAGGCACAAGGUUCGCCCACCUGUCCCGUCUGCCAUGUUCGAUACGCCAACUUCGGGGGGCGUAGAGUUCAUGAGCGUGCCGCUCACCCUGAAAGCUUUUACGCUGCUCGGCUGCGUUCUCGCACUAAGGCCCGGUGGGACCCGGAAGAGGUCCAUCUGAUGGCGGCCUUUGAAAGGCUCCACUCGGGUGAGCGGGGAUUAAACGAGCAAAUACAUGAGCUGGUCUUGCCUCACCGAACACUCGAGGCAAUAAAAGGCAAGAGGAGACAGGCGGGGUACAAGGCUCUGCUUGUAGCGGAGGUUGUCCCCGCUGCUGAUCCCUUGCCGAUUCCAGCUCCAGAGGCGGACUCUGGACCGACCUCUGAGCCUCAGCAACCACUCUCUCCUCCAGCGUCCCAAUCGCUGAGUCAAAGGGAGAGAGCAACAUCGAUUGUGGAACUACCUCCACCCGAAGAGGAUCUCCGUCUUGCAAUACAGCGUGAGAUGGAGACCCUCAGUUCCAUCCUUGGGGUGGAGGUUCCACGAGACACUACAGAUGUCCAGAGACAACUGGAAGACUGGUCUCCGUCCCCCCUCGGUUCGCCCAAGACCCGAGAAGAGCCUAAAGGUUCCGAGGGACACUAG